CGUACAGGAAGAUGAGCUGCCGUUGGUUUGGCGCAUGUUUUGGCUACUUUUCCCGCAAAACUUGGACCAACUUUUUAAGCUGCACACUGUAACAAUCUGAAAGUCGUCGAACAAUUUUUCAACGGAUUAUACCGAGAUUUGCUCUCCGGAAAGUUAGAGUAACAAUGGAUUACAGCGCCAAGUAUCUGAUGUUUUUAGCGUUCUGCCUGGUAUUGUCGGAGUACGAAGCGGAUGAUAAGUACCAAACGAUUCUUUCGAGAAAACGACGCUACGUCGUUUUUCCUGAAGGUUCUACGUUUUCUAUCGCUCUCUGCAUGACCGUGCACACCCUGACCCCGGACAACAUUUUCACAGAGGGUCUUAACUGGGGUAUUUCCUACGACCUGCCCAACGAGAGCAAGCCCGCGUUGGAGCCUUUCUUGCAGCUGAGAAACGAUAAACUGAAAACCGGCAACAAGAAGAAUGCGUACAAUUCCAUUGCAGUCGCUAAUACAAACAACGCCUUAAAAUAUUCAGGAUGGAAUGACAACAUCAGACAUCACUUCGCACCCGUUAGAAAGAAGUAUCCCAAAUCGGAAUACUAUUACUUGCAAAGGAGACAUCGGAGGGACCUUUACAACAAACUGGAGGUCAUCAUGAAUGCGAUGGGUUUUGAUGGCAGGACAUGUAUUCUACGUGCGCUUUGCGAAGCAUCUCAACGAUUAAUGCCGAAAGGAAACACUCUAAUAGAGGAAAUGAUGAGAAUAUCAUUCUCACUUCCGUUAAAGAAAGUGUUCUCCUUCGAGCCGCAGGAGCAUCACACGUACACUCGGGCACAUAAAGCCGGCUACGAAGGCAAGGACUGCGUCACCAUGUUUCCCGGAUGCAGUUUCUCCCUCAUCGACUUGGCCCUCGGGAGAUAUAACGCACCUCCAUCCGACCACCCCGGGAAUCCUGCGGACUACACCGGAACUUUUGGCACGGAGGAUGAACCUUCCACGAAUUGGCCGAGGUACAACAUGAAGUAACGCGAUGCAUGCAAACAGUAACCUGAUUUCGACGGCGCGACAUGACCUUACCGAUGUCGAUAAUUUCGCCCGCGCAUAUAAAAUAAAUGAUCACAAUACACAUAUA